GGAGGUCGGGGUCGCCGUCGUGCCUCCCGCACCUCCCCUCCCCGCGGAGCCGCUUCCCCCGCCCCGCAGCUGCUGGCGAAGGGCGGGCUGAGGCGGCGCUGGGUGCGCAGACGCCGGCAGGACUGCGUGACGAGGGCCUGGAGGCUGCGCGAGCCUCGAGGCGUUCGAACCUGUGCGUUUGAGGUCUUCUUCAAGCAUAAACAGGAAACAGCUUCGUCUCCCGAGAUGUCAGUGUCAACAUAGGAAAUGGCAUUUUUUACAUGGAGAGGGCUGCUGGUUGGGUAUCCUGAUGUGCUACUUGCUGUCUUACUGGAGCAUGGUGGAGCUUGCAUGAUCACAUCUUGCCUGAGGUCUUCUCAGAAACUAUGUCAUGAGGUUGUCUUGCUGAGCAAAACUGUUACUUGAUGCCUGUUUAUAGAAGAGAGUCAAAAGACUUUGUGACAGCACUUCACAGGGAGCUGUGUGGGAACUGUAGGUGUUCCUGGCACCAACAUCAUGGUAGAUGUGGCAGAGAAGGAGAUGGAUAACCCCACCUUUCAGUGUGACACUGUGCUCUCUGAUGUUCACUUACACUGUCCAAACACAAGACAUCUCAUGGUACGACUGAAUGCAGUUGGACAACCAGUAUUCCUGUCACAUUUCAAACUCCUCUGGAACACAGAAGUUUCAGCAUCUGAGAAACAUGUGAGAGAAGCUGCAACAGAAAAAGAACACCAGUGCAGAAUUGGAGAUGAACUAUGUGACAAGGACAGGAAUAAUCCAAACAAAGAAAGAGAGUUAAAUAGUGGAGGGGUAGAAGCUCUGCUAGAUGAUGAUGGAGACUUGGAAGUGGUCAGAAGACCUCGAAGUGCCUCUGAUUUAGAAGGAGAGGAUCUGCUGAGGGAUAGAGUGUAUCCAGUAAUUCUGAUGAAAGGGAAAGAAGAUGCUUUUGAAGAUGAGGAACAAGAAUGCACUUGUGGUGAUGUUGUUAAAAUAGAACAUACUAUGGCAACCCCCUUAGAAGACGUUGGUAAACAAGUCUGGCGUGCAGCCUUUCUCCUUGCUGAUUACAUUCUGUUUAAACGAGACACAUUCAGGUGUUGCUCAGUGCUAGAGCUUGGAGGUGGCACUGGAAUGACAAGCAUCAUCAUGGGAACAGUUGCCAAGAGAGUUUAUUGCACAGAUGUUGGUGAAGAUCUUCUGAGCAUGUGUGAGCAAAAUGUUGCAUUAAACAAGCACCUGAAAGAGCCAGGAAGAGGGGAAAUUAAAGUAAAAGAACUGGACUGGCUGAAAGAUGAGUUCUGCACUGAUCCCAAAGCCCCUUAUAGCUGGUCUGAAGAAGAGAUUGCUGACUUGCAUGACCAUUGCACUGUGAUAAUGGCAGCUGAUGUGUUCUAUGAUGAUGACCUGACAGAUGCCUUGUUCAGAACCCUUUAUAGAAUCACACACAACUUGAGACAUUCUUGCACAGUUUACCUAGCAUUGGAAAAGAGGCUGAACUUCACUUUAAGACAUAUGGAUGUUACAUGUGAAGCCUACAGUCAUUUCAGAGAGAACCUAAAUGAUUUGGAGAAUCUCCAGGACAGAAAAAUGAAAUAUACUGUGGAGCCCAUUAAGCUUGAUUUCUGCCAGUUUCUUGUUUAUGAGCGAAUUGAGCAGUUGGAAUUGUGGAAGAUCAUUGCUGAACAGCUAAGAUGACAGGGAUGUGAGAAAAGAGAAGAUCUUUAUCUAAGGAUAAAGGAUUUUUUUUUAAGUUUUGUUUAAAAAAAAAAAAGGAUUUUCAUCCCAAGAAAAGCAUUUUCCUGAUGGAACCCUGUUCUCAGAAAGUAUUGCUAAAGCAGGUUUGCUUUACUUCAGUAAGUUUUGGGUUUGGGACAACAGGCUUGCUUUGUUUCUUUUACAAAAUUGUUUAACCUUGAUCUUCAGAGUAUGUGCUGGAUGGCAAACAGUGGCAGUGACAAAGUGAGUUGCUCUUUGGGACUGAUGACAGGUUUUAGUCUGACAAAGAGGUAUUUCACCUUUUCCAUGUGGCUACUUGCAGGUGUCACACAUUUUCCUUUUCAGUUUUCUGAACAUGAACACUGUUCUUGGUCUCAUCCCAAUUCCACAUGAUUUGUAUUUAUGGACAUUUGUGAAACAAUGCUCUGGUCAAGACCUGUUUGACUUUCAUGGACUUUUCUUUAAGCAAUCUGUUUAUGAAACUUAGUCCUUAAUUUUCAGUUUGUCCCAUCUAAAUAAUUCUGGUUUAGAGCUACUGUCUGAACUGAAAGCAGAAAAGAUGCAUUUUGUUUGACCCUCUAAAAGUGCUUUAUGGAAGUCUUGGGGCUAUGUUGUCCCACUGGAACUUUAAGGUAUUCUGCCCUUGCCAGGCUGAGGGUGGGAAGGUACCAUGUGACAUGAUAUGCUGAGGCCCUAUGUAUGUUUGAAUUCUGUGCUCAACAUGCCUCUAUGAGGCUGGGGAGAAGGAGGUGACCAGGAAUGUAUUGCUUAUAGAAAUGGGGCCUUUGGUAACUUGGCUUUUAGAUUAAAGUGUGAUGUAUAUUGAUCAAAUCCCUCCUGUGUUAUUAAUAAAACAAAAAAACUGCUUGAACCUUCA